AUUUUAAACAUUAUUAAUGCGUUCAAUUUUGAACGCAGUUUAAUCUUUAGUCAACGUACUUUGCUUUCCAUCAACGCCACUUUUGUUCCGAUCAACUGAACGUAUACCUUAUGCGUACUAACCCAAACUAUAUUUGUAUCAAGUGAUGUGAUUGGUGCAUAGCAGUGACUACAGAUCAGUGUUAAACGCCGUUCAAACUCGUUAACCGGCCAAAAAUUGGCGUUUACGAUGAACGCCGUUUAAUUGAUUUGAACCUAUACCGCAGUUCACCAGAGUCCAUAACUGCGAAAAGACCAGUUUUCGUUCUUCGCGCAGCUCCAGUACGCAUCUUCGCCCUGAUUGGCGAUACUCCCAAACGAAGUGGAAAGCGAUUAGCGGAGAGCUCGCUGCGUUCCCCCACCAUCUUCCAACCUGCGCGUCGCAGUUUAUGGACUCUGGUGAACUGCGGUAUAUACUAAAAAAUUGAUGGAACACAAAAUGUCGUUGAUCAGAGUUUAAACUCGAUACAAAUUUUGAACCACGUUAGAGGGAACGGGCAUAAGAGGGUGGCGAAUUUUAGGAUAUUUACAUACUACUUAUUUGAGGAAAAUUUUUUUUUUUUUUCGAAUGCAAAAGUGUUUUUUUCGGUGAAUUAGGUAUAAUGCCUGCUGGCUCGAGUGUAUUCAAGUGUAUUAGUAUACCUACUUGUAAGCACAGGAAUUAACGCAAAAUUUUUUUAAUUUUUACUGUUUAAUUAAACAUGUUAUUAGGAUUGUAUGAAAUGUUUCAAAAUGGUUUAAUAAAUGAUCAAUUAUCUUCUUGGUAUAUGUAAAUUUUACGAUAAAAGUAAAUGGAGAACUGUCAAAUGUCACGUAAUGCAAUCAUCGCAUCUCAAAGAUGGAUAGAUUGCGACUAUUGCCAUUGGAAUUGCCAUCAGCUACCAAUAUAAAUAAUAAUGGAACAGUUAAAGGAAAAAUAUCAUUUGUUCGAAGAUUAGCAGUAGGAUUUGUCAUUUUAGCUACAUUAGGUUUAUUAUAUGUACCAGCAUACCAUUCUGCCCAAGGCCCAUUUUUAGGCUUAGCACAAUUACCAGGAUGGGCAUAUAAUACUUCAAGAGAUCUCUGUGUAUACAUUCAUCCAGAAAAUACAACAUCAGUGUUAAAUCCUACUGGUAUAUGUUCUCCACCACCAUAUCUUCUUAUUGUUAUUUGUUCAGCUAUUACAAAUUUUAAAGCUAGGAUAGCCAUAAGAAAUACUUGGGCUAAUAAAAGUAACUUGGAUAAUGUAUACAAUUCAACAGUAAAAGUAGCAUUUCUUCUUGGACAAAGUGACAAUGAUACACUUAAUAACAUAAUAGCAGAAGAAAGUCAUCAAUUCAGUGACAUUAUUCAAGAAAAAUUUUAUGACACAUACAACAAUUUAACAUUAAAGUCUGUUAUGAUGUUGAAAUGGGUAACAUCAAAUUGUGGCCAAGCUAAAUAUCUCAUGAAAACAGAUGAUGAUAUAUUUGUAAAUAUUCCUACAUUAGUAAAGACAUUGGAAUCAAGAACACAAGCUACAAAUAUAUUAUUAGGAUCUCUGAUCUGUAAUGCUAAACCUAUUUUAGAUCCAAAAAAUAAAUGGUAUACACCAAAGUAUAUGUAUUCAGAAAAAAUGUAUCCUAAUUAUUUAUCGGGUACUGGGUACGUAAUGAGUUUAGACGUGGCAUUUAAGUUGUAUCGCGCAGCGUUAACAACGCCAGUACUUCAUUUAGAAGAUGUCUAUAUUACAGGACUUUGUGCAAAGCAUGCAAAGGUACGACCUGUAAAUCAUUCUGGCUUCAGUUAUAUUCCACGAAAAUUAGAUCCAUUUAUAUUAAAAAAUGCUAUUACAGCACAUAAAGUUAAUGCCUCCAAUAUGUAUGUAAUAUGGAACAAGUUAAAUGAUACAAAUCUCUCUUGCAGUAAUCAUUCUCACACUGAUAAACAAUCAGUUACUUUAAGUCGAAGUAGUAGGAAUGUUGGAUAUUAUAUAGUAAAAAGAAGAAAUAUUAACAAAUGUGUUUAACUGUAAAGAACGUUUAUGUAUACUAUCUAAUUAUUGUUGAUUUAACUUAUUCAUGAUCUGAUUUUUCCUUUCUUUUUUUUUUCUUUACUAUACAAUCUUUAAUAAUACUUCUUCAGUUGUUUUUAUGGCAAGAGAUAUUUGUAGUUGAUAUUUCAAUGAAAUUUUAUACACUGUUUUCCCAUUUGAACAGCAAUAGGGUUUAAGGAUACAGUGUCAAUUAGAUUUCCUAUGCGAAUUAAUUUCUUUGCUAAUAUACAUAAAAGAUUACUGGCUAAGUGUCGGAUAGUUAUCUAAACAGAAUAGUAUUUGUCAGAUACUUUAAAUUCCAUCCGCUGCUUGAUAUUAAUUUUAUUAAAAAAUUAUUGGUAUCAAGAUAAGAUAAAUAAGAAUCUCUAAAAGUGGUAUUAAAUAAUCCUGACAGUUUAACAUAUCAAAUUUCUGUUGUAACCCGAUGGCACAUGGAGAAGUUUGAAGGAGAAAAUGUGAUUUCGUCUGUGUUUUAUGCGUAGAAAAAUUGUGGAAUUGAAUAAUACCGAUACAUGCAUUCUCGUUAAAUUCUUACGGGUUACAUACACAUACUCGUAAAUUAUACGUUCGCUCUAGUGUAUUAUACUGUCUCUGAGAUCUGAUUAACUUUAAUAGGUAUGAUUAACGAUCGAUAAAUUUCGACUGUCAAUAAAAACUGCUUUAUAUUCUAUAUUAAUUUUAUGUAAAUAUUUCCAUAAUUAAUUACUUGCAUUUUAUUUUGAAUUAUUUUUAUUCUUUUACAAAAAUUAAAAGAUCUGUAAUAGACAAAUAAGAUUUUAACAUUCCGUUAUUAUAAUGGAGUAUUACGAACAUUCGUUAUAAGUAGAAUAUCAAAUUAAAUUCAUUGCUCAUCAUGUAUAAUUCAAAUUUUCAAAUGAUCAUUAUCAUCUAGGAUGUAAAACGAUAUGUAGAGGAUGAUGAACUAAAUACAUGAUAAGUGUAUUAUAUUACACUUAUUGCCUAAAUAAAAAGAAAUCUUUUCAGCAUGAAUAUUUAACUUGUACACAAUUCUGAAAGAAUUGUUAUUUAAAAGUUCGGUACAACGUAUUGAUUAAGACUAAUGAUAAUAAUAAUCAUAUUUCUAGUAAAUACUUGGACUCGAUUGAAUGAUAUUUAUAAUAUAUUUUAAUGAUCAUGAACCUAAGAAUGGAUUUCACUUCUUGAUAAUCCUAGAACGAUCUACAUAAUUAGUGAGUCAAUGUUUGAAUCAAUUAUUAGCUCAAUUAAACAGUACGAAACAUACUGUAAUUCAUUAAGCUUGUCGAGUGAGGUCCGUUCACUUAUACAGCGAAACAACUCCACGGAGUAUUCUAGUGGCCUUAGAAAAUUUGUUUUAUUUUAUAUAAAUAUAUUGGAAAAAUUAUACUAGCAUGCUACUACGAAAUUUGGUGCUAAAUAGUAAUUAAUUAUACAUUCGUUGUAUAUACUCUUGUAUAGAUUGUCGUUUGAUUUUUUCAUGAACUAAGUUUUCCAUACUAAGAAAGAUGUAUUUUUUAAAGUGAGAUUAAUGAUUAUUUCUUUUCAAACGAGCUAUACGCAAGUAUAUGCAACAUUGAUAGACAUAAAAGUUUUAAGGUAAAUAUUAUGUCUAUAAAAUUGUUAAAAGAUCUGUGUCCACCAAUAAAUUCUAUAAAGAAAGAAAAAAAA